AUGCCAUCCGAUCUCACAACUAUUGGCUUCAAUGCUUUCCUCGUUUUCUUGUCAAGAAAGCAUCAUAUGUACUACAACCGUUUCUCUAACUACGGACAGCAGGAAGACUCCAUUUACGAGAACGAUGCUGAUGAGGAAACAAAAGAGGCAGCGAGCAGAGGGAUGGAUCAGUCAGCCGACAAUCAACCCGGCACCAGCACUUCAUCCAACUAUUAA